UGGACAUUUUCUGGUAUAUCUCUCGUUCCUGUUUCAAAAUCGUGCCCAGUUGGUUUCCGCUCCUGCUGCUAGCUGGGCUACCCGGCUUUUGAUUACUAUACAUACAGUCCGUUUCUCUGCUAAUAUUUAAUACACCGAGUGUGCUCGUUAUAGUGGCCGUUCACAUCUGAUAGAAAAACAAAAGAAACUCGGUUAAGUUUGAACCUGAAAUUUGAAAAAAACAAAAAAUAUUUUUAGUUGGAAAAUUCCAAGUUUAAAUUAAAAAAUGAUUGGACACCAUAACUGCUGGGCUGUUGUCUUGUUGACGGUGAUGUUGCUGGCCAAGUCGUCGAGAGGCCGUCAUCCAAAGUCGCUGGCCGCGCUGUCCAAUUUGUACUCGUCAUCUGAUAACGACGACGACUCGGAUGGCGAAUCUUUUUGGCUGAUGGCCUCCGACUCGGCGGCGACGACCAGCCGGCCAGCCGAGUCCAGCACCGAUAACGUCGCCAAAAAUCAACAACAGCCGGAGCAGCGCUGGAUCAAACCAUCCCCAAAAGCCCUUCGACUGGGCGACAAAUGUUCCAAUCUGGAGGACUGCAGCCUCGUGACUCAUUCGCAAUGCGACACCGGCAAGGGUGGCGUCUGCGCCUGCACUCCCGAACACCCCGUCGAAGGCGGAACUCUUUGCGGACAAGGGAGGCAGUUGAACGAGAGUUGCACGUUCAGCGGCCAAUGCGAGAAGGGCGACCGCAACAUGGAGUGCCGCGAUCACGUCUGCCAGUGCGCCUACGACUUCAAAGCCACUUUCUACAUGGGCGGCAAUAUCGUCUGCACCAGUACGGCUAUAUCGGACGACAUGGGGACUUAUAUCAAUCCCACAAUGAUCGGAGCACUCAGCGGGUUGAUCCUCAUGUUCAUCAUCAUGUGUGUCGUUCUGCGACUCUUCAGCAAGGCGAGGUGGAGGGAGAAUCGAACGAUCUUCAACACUCCUAAUCCUCGUUUAGCCAACGCGUCGCUCCUGAAAGAAGUGACGACCAAACAGGCGACCGGCGGAAGUCGGCGCAGCAGUUUGACGAAAAGCGGAAGCAGACAGUCAUCCCUGGUAUCCAUUCCGCAUCAUCUAGACGCGCCAGGAUCGAUGGGCCAGCAUUCGGGAGCGUCUCGGCGGCCUUCAUUGUCGCGUUACGGGCACACUGUAACCACGGCCACGAUCGCCACCAGCACCAACGACAGUGGCAACGGCAGCGCAUCCACCGAGACCGACAAGCUCCUCGAUCAACAUCAAAUCAGCGUCCAAGUCGAUCAGCAGGCCGUCUCCACUGUCUAACAAAACGUGCAAUCAAACGACAUUUUUUCCGGGGGGAAGAAUAUAGAAGAUAUUAUACGAAAUGAUGGAUAACAGCAAACCAAAUAUAAACGUGACUGCAAUUCAUCAUCAACAAUCACCGAAAUACGUUCGAUGUACAUAUAUAUCUUUUCAUUGAUAUAGAUUAACUAGAGGACAAAGACAAUGCUGUCCUCUCAUUUAUAUAAAUUAUAACAACAUUUCCGAACGGUUUGAUUUUAAAUUCAUUAUUCUUCACACAUUAUUUGCCCCCACGUAGAUUUAUACAGCACGCAUCAUUCGUCAGUGUAUUUAUUAUUAUAUAUUUAUUGGUAAUAAUAAAAAUAAUAAUAAUAUACAAUAGAUCAUAUAGAAUUUGAAAUAUGUAUAUUGAUCAUUAUGAUGGUGUGCGGUGCCGCCCUGCCGAUGUUUCUGUGCAUAAUGUAUGACAUCAUGCCGCAUCCUUUCGCAUUGUCAUUUUUUAUUCGUCUUUUGGAUCAUCGUCUCUCAUCAGCUCUGUUGCCUUCCCAAAAUGAUUCUCCCAUCCUCCUUGAUGUUACAACAUGGCUAUAUUAGAAAUUUCAAUUCUCAAUUCUAAUUAUUGAAUAAUACUAUAAUAGCUCUCGAUUUUCUUUGAAUUUUUCUUUUCGUCAAAUUUAUUUAAAAAAACAUGAAAAGCUCUCAAUUUCUUUUGACUCGUAAAUUUUGCUGCUCUACAGCCAUACACUAUACAUGUACCAUCUUCAUGUGUUGAAAUAUUCAUGGCAUGUCCAUCGCCAGCAGCAGCAGGAUCAUUUAUCAAACUGCAAAAAGCAACGCCCUUUUUUAUAUCUAUUUCUCUUGUUUGUUUUUUUUUCUUUCAAAAUAAUAAAUUAUACACUUCUUGGUAUUUAUAUAUGUUGCCCGCCUGGCCAGCCACAGGCCACAGCAUAUAUAUCACUCCCAAACGAUGUGUGAUGUGUUCGUUUCAUAUAAAUAAUAUUUACACAUAAUUAUAUGUGUGUAAAAAAAAGGAACAAUUAUUGUAACAUGUGAACCGCGGUUGAGUACUUCCAUCCCAAAUCAGCUUCGAAGAAAUUGGGUCUUUUUUAUUUUAUCAUUAUACCUACUAAUAUUAGCUAUUAUAUUCUAUAAUUAUUAUACAUAUUUGACUUUUGAGAAAAAAGCUUUGCAUGUCGUGAAUUUUCAUAUUUACUAUUCCAUUUGAUUAUUCCUGACCCAGCUCAUUCCCGUUUUCUAAUAUAUUAUAUCAAACGUGUAUUCAAAUUCACUCCCUCUUUCUAUUUUAUCAAGUGACAUUUAUUUGAUAUAAGAAAUAAUAAUGAUAAACAAUUCUUCUUUUCUUGCGUAUAAACAAUUUGAAUGAUUGUGCAGUGUACAUAUAUAUACUAAUAA